AUGUUACCUCACAGUGCAUUAGUUUUAUUUUUAUUUUUUUUAUUUUUCUUAUUUACACCUGUCUUGUGCAUACUAUGGGAUAACCUAGAUCAGCAUUUGUGCAGAGUUCAAUUUAACGGGAUCACGGAAGGAAAACCGUUCCGAUAUAAAGAUCAUAAAAAUGAUGUAUAUUGUUCCUAUUUGGGAAUUCCUUAUGCAGAACCGCCUAUUGGACCAUUGCGAUUUCAGUCUCCAAAACCAAUAUCAAAUCCAAAAACAGGAUUCGUUCAGGCUCGGUCUUUAGGAGACAAAUGUUUCCAGGAAAGUCUAAUAUAUUCUUAUGCAGGAAGCGAAGAUUGCUUAUAUCUGAAUAUAUUCACGCCAGAGACUGUUAAUUCUGCGAACAAUACAAAAUAUCCUGUAAUGUUCUGGAUCCAUGGAGGCGCAUUCAACCAAGGAUCAGGAUCUUAUAAUUUUUUUGGACCUGAUUAUUUGAUCAGGGAAGGAAUUAUUUUGGUCACUAUCAACUAUAGAUUAGGAGUUUUCGGUUUUCUAUCAGCGCCGGAAUGGGAUAUCCAUGGAAAUAUGGGUCUAAAAGACCAGAGAUUGGCACUAAAAUGGGUUUAUGACAACAUCGAAAAAUUUGGUGGAGACAGAGAUAAAAUCACUAUAGCUGGAGAAUCUGCUGGAGCAGCAAGUGUUCAUUUUCUGAUGAUGGACAAUUCUACUAGAAAAUACUACCAAAGGGCAAUUUUGCAGAGUGGGACAUUACUCAAUCCGACUGCUAAUCAAAUUCAACCUCUGCAUAGAUUUGAAAAACUAAAACAAGUGCUGAACAUCACGCAAAAACAAGAACUCCUAAAUCUGGACAAAAAUCAAAUUUUGCGAGCAGCCUUAAACAGAGUCCCAGAUAACAACGACCACGAAAGGGACACAGUACCAGUAUUUAAUCCAGUCCUAGAAUCACCAGAAUCUCCAGACCCAAUAACAUUUCCAUCUGCUUUAGAAAGAAUGAGAAAUGGUGAAUUUCCUGACGUUGAUGUCAUCAUUGGAUUCAAUAGUGCUGAAGGUUUAAGAUCUAUGCCAAGAGUAACCAGAGGAAACAUGGAAGUUUACAAGACUUUGACAAAUAUAGAGAGAGCUAUACCUAGAGAUGCUAAUAUUUGGAAAAAUCCUAAUGGCAUUGAGGAGAAAAAACUUAUAAAAAUGCUUACAGAGUUUUAUGACCAAGUUAAAGAACAAAACGAUGACAUCGAAGCCUAUGUCCAACUAAAAGGCGAUGCUGGUUAUCUCCAAGGAAUUUACCGUACCUUGAAAGCCAUAUUUUUCAAUGAAAUCAAAAGAAAUUCCAACUUGUAUUUGUAUAGGUUAUCAGAUGAUACGUAUAGUGUAUAUAAAAGUUAUAUCUUGCCCUAUCGAUGGGGUUCCUUGCCAGGAGUUAGUCAUGGUGAUGAUUUAGGAUAUCUUUUUGCAAACUCUUUGGAUGUUCCUAUUUUGGGAACAACGCACAUUUCUAUACCGCAAGAUGCUAUGCAGACUCUGGAAAGGAUGGUCAGGAUCUGGACCAAUUUUGUAAAGAAUGGAAAACCUACAUCAAACACUGAAGAUGCAUCAUGUGAUACAAAAAGACAUUUAAACGACAUUUUUUGGGAACCAUACAACGACGAAGAACCAAAAUAUUUGGACAUGGGAAAAGAACAUUUUGAAAUGAAAAAUAUUUUGGAACUAAAACGCAUGAUGCUUUGGGAUGAAGUUUAUAGAAAUGCGAAUUUGCGGUUUAGAGUCUGUAAUGAAGAAAGUAUUAGAUGA